AUGACGCAAAUUCGCUACGUCUUGGAAUGGGAGAUUUUGUGUUCUACAGCGUACUUGUUGGACAGGCUGCAACUACAGGAAAUGUUGGAGCAACGAUCGCCGCGGCGUUGGGUGUUGUUUAUGGUCUACUUAUUACUCUCACUUACUUUAGCAAUGGUAACGAACGACGCCGGCCCUUCGAUCUCUAUCGUACUCCGGCCACCGUUUUCCAUUCGCGCAUUUCUGUUUGGGAGGCCAGAGCAUAUGCGUGUACUACACGAUGCUAUGAUUCAAUCGACCUGUGAUUAG